UCUUUUUGUCAGCCGCGAUGGUGGAACUGCUGGAAGGCGCGGACGGCUGGAGCGUGUCGUUCGCGGGCUGCGGCUUCCUGGGCGUCUAUCACAUCGGUGCGGCUACCUGCCUUCAGGAACGCGCACCUCGCCUCCUGCGCGACGCCCGCUGCAUUUACGGCGCCUCGGCGGGGGCGCUUGCCGGCGCAGUCCUCAUCGGAGGCGGCUCUCUGGCACAAGCUUGUGCAGAUGUUUUCAAUCUAGCUAAAGAAGCCAGGAAACGAAAUCUUGGUCCUCUUCACCCUUCCUUCAACGUGAUGAAAAUAAUAAGAGACGGCCUCUGCAAAAAUCUUCCCGAAAACAGUUACAAAUUAUUAUCAGGGAAAGUUUCAAUUUCACUAACAAGAGUGUCUGAUGGGGAAAACGUAUUAAUAUCCGAUUUUAAUUCCAAAGAAGAGGUUGUGCAGGCCCUGCUUUGUAGCUCAUUUGUGCCUAUGUAUUGUGGCGUCAUUCCACCUUCAUUUAGAGGGGUGCGCUACGUGGACGGUGGAUUAAGUGACAACUUACCUCGCUAUAAUUUGAAGAACACCAUCACUGUUUCUCCUUUCUCUGGGGAAAGUGACAUUUGUCCCAAGGGGAACUCUGCAAACUUCCACGAGAUGCGUCUCACCAAUACAAGCAUUCAAUUUAGCUUAGGGAACAUGUAUCGUUUAACUCAAGCACUUUUUCCUCCAGAGCCCCAGUUGCUAGCUGAACUCUGCGAACAAGGAUAUUCAGAUGCUCUUAGAUUUUUGAAAAAAAACG